AUGACGCGCGGAUUUCGACCCGGGCCUCCACGCUUUGCCGCCCUACAAAGCAGCGAAGAUUCAGGAUCUCCGCGCCACAAGCCGGCCGGUACCGUUCGCAAGGUGAGCCUGAGGUGGGCUUUGGGGUCCCGUGGUACGACUGUAAAGGCCACAGCAAAGCGAAUCGUGGUGCGAAUGGCUUCAGGGUCCUUCCCUGCAACCUUCUGCUUCGGUGGUACAGAUGAUGAGCAUUGCAGUAUGAGGGGCAACAGUGAUACUAACCUCCCAUUUUCUGUGGACAACAAAUGGAGAUUGCUCGCAGUGAUGUGUGGGUUUUUUGGAAGUGGAUUUAUCGCCCCUUUCGUUAUAGUCAGACACCAGCUUCUUAAGAAAUGAAGAGGACAGACUGUAAUUGUGCUAAAUGGAGUUGAAGUCUUCUACACAUCAUCUUUCAGUGGGAAAAGGAUAGCUGCAAUUGUGUACCAUGCUGGAUGUGUCUAAAUAAAAUCUUAAAUCUGAA